AUGUCCGAACAAAAAUUCAACGGAGAACCGAGUAAACAGGACGAACUACGCCUUAAAGAAGCCAUUGAACAUAACAAACCGCUACACUUUACUUCUAGAUAUCUCUAUUUGACACUCUGGGGCGACGAAGUAGGAAACGAGACUCAAUUUAAAGAAUUAGUUGAUAGGUUAGGAGGUGCAACAUCCAAUAUCCAAUACGCGCAUAUUUCACCCGUAGAAAUCGACCAAGUUAAUCCUAAACCUCAUCAACAUUUAUUAAUAGUUACAAAAAGACCUCGCUCAUAUAAUGCCAGACCAAUAAUAAUUCAUUCAGAUGGCACAAAACAGAAAUUUUGGUACUCAAGAGUAAACUCCUACACUUCAAGAACAGGAGACAUUUCGGCCAUUAUAAAAUACAUUACUAAAAGGGGUAAAGGCAUGUUUAAAGGAACACCAGAUGCCAAAGAAGAACUAAAGCAGACGUGGAUAAAUGCCUUAAAUGAUAUGGACUCAUAUCACGAUUAUAAAGAAUUAGAAAAAAAUCUACUAGAAAUAAAUGCCGAAAAAUACAUUCAGCAAGAAGGAAAGAUUAAAUCAAGAUGGUUGAGAAAAAACGCCAGAAGGAUCGACAUGGAAACAUAUACCAGAACAGACCUAUUUCCCUGGAGAGAAGAAAUGGAAGAAUUACAAACAAUAAGAAAAUGGCUGAAAUGCGCUUCCGGGGAUAAAUACCGAAUGGGAAACCUGUUUAUAGUUGGGCCCACUAAAACGGGGAAAACCGAGUUUGCUAUACAAGAGAUCUUUAUGAAAUACCCAACUUUUAUGCUUAGAGGAGAUUCUUUAUUUGAUACAUACGAUGAAGAUCAACAAUAUAAAUUUAUAUUAUUCGAUGAUAUAAAUUAUGACAAAAAUUUACUCCGUUUAAUUAAAGCAGUUACUUCCACAAUAAACAAAAAAACGAUGGUAAACAUUAAAUAUUCAAAAGUAAUAGUCACGGCCAGACCAUGCGUCCAUCUAUUAAACCAGAAAGAAUACGAAGGAGUAAUUGAAUUAAUGAAAUAUGGCGGAGGAUAUAAUUGGUGGAGAAGAAACUCCCUGACCGUAUUUUUAGAUAAGAAAAUUUAUAAAGACCCUAAUGAAUCUGAUAAUUCAUCAGAAAACAUGGAACAACGAGAAAAAGACUAUAAUGCAUUAGAUGAUUUAGAAGAAAAAUACAAAAAUAUUGAAGAUAUGACCGACGAUCAGGAAGAAGAAAACAAUCAACCGAUAGAGCACGUCCCGUUUUAUAACAGAGUAUCAAAUCUCAUGGAAAGUUUAGGAUACGACGAAGAAUUUCUCAACGAAUUUAAUGAAAAAAUAAAAGAGGCCAAAAAAGAUACUAAGAUGAAAAAAAUACUAAACGAAUCCCAAGAGAAUAACGAAAGCAUGUUAGAGGAAUGGAACGAAGAAAUAGAGAAUUACCAAACAGAUAAUCCCCUGGGGAUGUCAAAAGAAAAUUACAGACAAUUCGAAAACGACAUGAUGAACAAAUUUGAAAAGGACAGAAUGAAUUACUUCAACAAGGAAGAAGACGAUUCAAUGGAAGAGGAAUAUGAAGAUUUUACAGACGACGCGCCUCCAGAACACCGGUCCUUUGGAGGCAAGGACGAUGACAUGAACAUAAUUUACGAUUAA